CUGUCACUUAACAGCCAUCUCAUCAGGAUGUUGAAUGCUACUCGCCACCUGGUUGGUUUAGUGAAAGCCCUGCAGAAGUCCCUUCAACACCGCUUUAAGGGUAUAUUUGUGAGUGUGAAAAUGGAUGAUUCCAGUGACGUGGCAGUAGAUCUUCCAUUUGAGGACAUUGUCUACAUGAUGUCAGCAUUACUAGAUCCAUCAUUCUGCCUCUUUUGGCUAGAGCAAGAUGUCCAAGCACCAGAUGAAGUGAAGAGUGAAGUCAAGGAGAUGAUAAUAGACCUGGUCUUGGCUGAGGCUCGGAAACUGACUGUACCUGAAAGCAGCAGUGGAGACGAUGAUCAGGAGGAGUCACCACCACCUGCUAAAACUCCACGUCUUUUCUCUGGCUACCGGAAGAAAAGCACCAAGAAAAGUGCGGAUCAUGGCUCAUCUGUCCAGGCUGAGAUCAUCCGCUAUAUCCAGGUAGCAUCUGAUGAAGAUGAAGUGGACUGUCUUGAGUUCUGGAAAAGACAGUCCAAGGCAUUCCCGCGACUCUAUCUUGUGGCUAUGAGAGUGCUUGCUGUCCCUGCUACCAGUGCACCAGUGGAGAGGGUGUUCAGUCAUGGAGGGCUUAUCAUGCGUCCUCACCGUGCCAGGCUUUCGGCAAAGACACUGUCACACUUGGUCUUUUUGAAAUGUAACCAGUCUGUUGUUUAA